UAGCCCACAUGCCUUUGUUCUUCCAAUAAAUACACCUCUAUCUUUCUAAUUCUUUGCCAACACAUAAAUUAAACUAUUCUACUAUGGCUCUAAAGAAAGCAACUCAAACAGCAACUCUUAAACAAAUCUUGAAAAAAUGUUCUAGCUUUGGAAAAAAUGAAAAUGGGCUACCAAAUGAUGUCCCAAAAGGACAUUUUGUGGUAUAUGUGGGAGAAAAUAGGAGUAGAUAUAUUAUUCCAAUUUCUUGGUUGACUCAUCCUGAAUUUCAAAGUUUGCUUCAAAGGGCUGAAGAAGAGUUUGGAUUUAAUCAUGAUUUGGGAAUUACUAUUCCUUGUCAUGAACAUGAUUUCUGCUCUCUUAUUUCUAACUUUUGAUCGAUCAGUCGGUGCACUAAAUAUCUCGCUAUGCACGGAAUUCAAGAAGGGGAGAGGAGAUCUAGCAAAUCAAAGUGGAUUUGCUAAAAAAAAUAAAAUAAUUGUGAAUACUAGAAAUUUUGUAUAUUGGUUUUCAUGCACUCUUAUUGUUUUCGUCUGUGGUGUUGAAUGUUUAUACCCGUCGAAAAUUCUUGUUUAUGAGAAUCAAUUAAAUUCCAAAAAUAUUUCUUUCAUUGUUUU